CUAUGAGGAGGUAUUGUAUAUAUGAAAGGGUUUUGUUUACAAACAGCUAUUGAAUUGAGUGUUCAAUGCAAUGAUCACUGACUCAAGUGACCACCGAUUGGCACAUCAAACACAUGACCACUGAUUGUCACAAUGAAUAUCAACGACUUGAACGACGACUGUCUCUCAAUUAUCUUCUCAUACAUACCGCUGAAGCAGUUGUUUAUCGACCGCCGAGUUUGCAGACAUUGGCGACAAACCAUAGAUAAUUUGGUGGCAAAUGAGAGGCAUUUGGUGUACAAUCAGGCGAUUAAUGGCACCAAAAGAGACCAAUACUUCUACAAAUACAAAGACAAUGUGGACUCACUUCUGGAUUUGAAUCAAUUUGAAUGUGUCGUCCAAUUGAUGCCCAAACUCACGGCACUGACACUCAAUGGUAUCAAAGCCAACGACGCGAUGCUGCCGAUUGUGGCCACAAGUGGUGCGAACAUCACUCGACUGCACCUAAUGUCGGGCGAGGAGUCGCUGACAUUCGUGGGCUUCAAAUACCUGGUGCGCCGGUUCCCGGGGCUCACGCACCUGGAUCUGCCCAACUGUCAACUGGACGACGACCUAAUCCACAUAAUCACCACAAACCUCCACCAAUUGGUUCACUUGAACUUCGGCACCGACCGGAACCGGGCCCUCAAGAACUACCGGUUGUCGCGGUUCACGGGCCACACGUUGCGACACAUCGGCCCCCGGAUCCGGUCGCUGAUGAUCGGGGAGAGUAUGUAUUGGGACGAACAGCUCGUCCAGUCGCUGAUGGCCAGCAGCGCCCGACACGUGACUACUUUGCGCAUCCAUUUGAUUAAACUGAAGGCCUUGCGCACCGUCUGCGAGGGUAUGCCUCAACUCAAACACUUUUACUGCAGUUUCAACGGCGGAGACAUCAAUACACACGAGAAUAACGUGGGAUGCGUUCGACACCUCCAACGCCUCCACAGUCUGGAAGUGCUGGAACUCAUCGACGACGGCCGCCACCACUGCGGCAUCAAUGGCUGUUACAGUGUCUACACGUUGGACGCCUUAAUGGAGGCCAUGAAUGGCAUGUCUCAGCUGAAGGUCCUGCGACUCAUAGACUUCGACAACUGGCACUCAUUCAAACCAAAUAUCGAUCCAUUGCUCAGCGAAUUGAGACGUUUUUGUCCCAAUUUACGAGAAUUGGGAAUAAGUGCCGGACUUUUCCAAUUGAAAGCCGAGAGCUACGGCCUCAUAGGUCUGCUCAAUGUGUCGGUUCUCACAGUGCAAGGGGACAGUUGUCUGAAUGUAGGGGAGGGCCUAAACCACAGCAAUAAACACAACUACUUGACCGACGAAGUGGUGGUCGAACUGCUGAAGUCGAGCCCCGGUAUGCGUCGCCUCAAAGUGGAGAACUGUGUGUUUGUGGGCGAGGAGGCCAUCGCCGGGUGUCUGCAGGAGUCGGCCACAAGAAGUCGUCAGCGAAUUGAACUCAUAUUCAGCAACACUCGACUCAAUAGUGCGAACCAAUUGACUGCAAAAGUGCCGCAAAACGUGUCGCUUGUGGUGACCAAAGAGGUAGAGGCCAUCGAUUUGGAGGAUUACAGCGACGGCUCGUCUUCGUUCGACUCAUCCGACAGCGAUUCCAUUCAUCUGUUCUCUGAAGACGACGACGACGUCUACAACGAGAUGUAGUCAACCCUUUUGUACACAAAGUUUUGCUAACUUUCCCUCUUUUAUAUCAAACUUUGUUGUGUUUUCGCCUAUUAUUUGCAUUUUUCGUAUUUAUUUAUUAUUGUUUCAACUUUUCAUUUAUUCGUUUGUUUUUCUUGUUUUUAUAUUUCUAUUCAAUACAUGAUUACAAAUAAAACUAAUUUUAUUUUAUACCGUAAUGUAAUGUAUUAUAAUUGCUGCUGAACUUGAAAUUAAAGGAAAGUCUCUCUCUCUCUCCCUCUCUCUUUCU